CGCUAAAAUAGUGUGUGCUAAUUUAGUAAAGUACGUGAUUCUGCGAGGAUAUAGAAUCGAAAGUGGACUCUUGGUAGUAUCGCACGGUAAUCUAUUCUCGGACGAUUGCGUAACGAUAAAACAACAAAUAAUUGUCACAAUAAUUGUCCAAAAAGCGAUUUAAUUUCACAUUAAACGUAAAAACGCUCGGGCAGAUACGUAGUAUAGCCGACAUUGCCCCCGACAACAAUUUUUUUAGCAAACAUAUAAAAGUUAUAUACGUUCAGUUGAGACAUGUUUAUUACUUGUUAUUUCUAAUAAAGUGUUGUUUUUUAACGUUGUCGUCGUUUAUAGUAAAACGAAGCGUGUGGAGAGUCGACAUUUAUAUCGGACAUAUCGUGGGGCUCUUUCUCGGGGUUCACUUCAUUGUGCUUGCAGUCAAUAGCUAGCCAUCCUACGAGCGGACGGCCUCCCGUAUUGUUUCGUCCAAUUGAUCCAUCCCUUUAAAGAGCACGUCAGCAGCACGGCGUUACCUCUCGGAAAUUGUGCUCUUUAUUACAGACAGGAGCCGAGAGGAUUCAGUCGUGUGUGCUUUGGAAUGGCAACUAAGAGGAUUGUGGUUCCAAAAUCUUCCCAUGAAAAAAGCAGCCGUGCUUAUAUGGUGACCUGGAUCAACAACCUGCUGAAAACAGAUUUCAAAAAUGUGCUGGAAAUGGGUUCAGGUGCUUGUCACUGCCAGAUCAUCAGUUGUGUUAUACCUGGAUCUGUUGACAUGAAAGAGGUCAAAUUUGAUGCUCAGAGUGAGGACGAGUGUAAGCACAACUUUGCUCUCGUCCUCGAUGCCUUCAGAAAGAACAACAUUAAAAGGGACAUUCCGGUGGAGAACAUUAUAAACAGAGAAUUCAAGAGCAACUUUGACACCAUUAAGUGGUUUAAAGUUUUUUACCAAGCAAAUGUGAAGACUAAAGAAUACAAUGCUGUGGAAGCACGAAACGGACGCAACAUCCUCCCCUUUGUAGCGUCUAAAGAAUCAGCAGGCCGUAACUUGGAGUCAGACAUGGAAGAAAACUCCACUGGAAAGAAGGACAAAUUCCCUUACAGUGAAAAAUGGGAGAAUACAUUUGAUUGGGUGGAACGCAGUAAUCUCGGUGAACAAUAUACCUACUGCAGGAUAUGUGCCAGAAACAUCGGAACAUUUUGUAGAGGUUCCGUUGAACUUGAGUACCAUGAAAAGACAAACAAACAUAAGAAGAAGGCAAAGAACUCCAACAGCGCCCACAUGCCAAGCCAACGCUCUGACCCGCUGCCCUGCAGCGACGCUGCUUUACAAUUCAUUCACAAACACUGUUUCAACGGCUCUGCCACGGAGGACUGGAGUUCUAGUACUUCUCAACACUUUGCGCAGUGCAAGCUGGGGCUGCAAUACCCUGAAGAUAUCACGUCCGUUUGUCAGCGCACUCCUUACUGUGUUUACAUUUACAGAGGAGUGACGGUCGGAAAGGACGACACGGUCUCUGUGCUGCUGGUUGGGUUUUUUGACGUCGACGCUGGCAGGCACCGCGUACGGUUUCUGGAUGCCGUUCCAUCGGAUGAUGAUGAUGAUGUUGGAGAUCAAACAGCCGCAGCAGUGGGCGAGACCUUAAAGAAAUUUGGGUUACCUACAGAUAACCUUGUUGCCAUUUACUCUGAGGGCAGUAGUGUUUCUUUAGAGCAGAUGUGCUCACAGCUCAGGGAAUUUAACCCAAACACAUUAGUCUUUACUGGAUUGUACGGUGUUGGUGAUGCUGCGUGUCAAGCUGGGGUCAAACAGCUCUCCAAUCAGAUUCAGGAGCUCGUGGCUGACAUCCACAGCCACUGCUGUCACAGCUCUACAGAGAAUGACAACUUUAAGGCCCUUUUUGGCUCAGGUCUCACCGGUGACAGUCCGGCGAUUUUUAACAACAUGAGCUGCCUUAACGUCAACCUGUUAGUGAAAAAACUGUUGGAAUCAUGGACGGAGUUGAUGUCGUACUUUACUUCAUAUAACAAGGAUGAUGAGAAAGCAAAAUCAAUCAGCUCCCAACUGCAGGAUCCCAAAGUCAGGGCAACAUUUAUGUUUUUGGAGCACGCCCUAACGCCACUACAGACUUUCCAGACACACGUGAAAACCUCAGAGGGAGAUCCUCGAUCAGCUCAUUCACUGUCCACUCUCACAGAAGCCAGUAACCUUCUAAGCACCUACACUUCCUACUUCCUCCAUCCUCAGGAUGCUCUACGCUUCCUCGUAGAAUUGGACACCAAAAUCCUCAAGGCGGAGAAACAUCACUUGUCAAGCCAUGAAAUCCGCGUGGGUGGGGAAGCAGUUCGAGAUUUCCUGAGUGAAUUCGGAGCUGCAGAGACGCUGUCAUUUGUAGCACAAGAGGCAUUAUCCUUCUACAUCGGACUCACUGAAUGUAUUUCAAAGACGUUGCCUUUAAGGGAUGAGUUGCUAAGAAACAUCGCUCUGCUUUUGAACCCCAAAAGUAAAUUGAAAGUGACAGGAAAAGCUGUCGGGGAGCUUGGAAGCAAUCUAGGAAUCUGCGGUUCCCCCGAAGAGAUCCAACAGCUCACAGAAGAAUUCCUCAAGUAUCAGUCAGCGGAGAACGUAGAGGAGAACGCCUCACUGGAGGAACACUGGACCGCUGUACUCCGAGAUAACACGCUGAAAAAGUUCCCAAAGCUGAUGUUGACUUUAUUGUGUCUUCCAUGUCCACCUCUUGAUGGUCCGCACCUUUUUACUCAGGCCUUACAGAGUGGAGACGCUCCACAGGUGUCUGAGCGCGAGACUGACCACACCAGCAGUGAACACCUCUCAGGGUACAUGGUCAACGAAUUGAACGGCUACAAAAUCAAAAAGUGUGAAGUUCGUCUCACAAAGAUAAUUGAUAUGGAUGGUGUCAAGCACAGGGAUGGAAUUAAGUGGACCUGGAAGGGAGGUCUCAGUCGGGACAGCAGCUUGCGUCAGAAGCCACGAGCUCGUUUGGUGUUUCAGGCUGGUUCCUGGACCGAACCCAUUAAUCCUGAUGAAGAAGGAAGAACUGGGUUGGAGUCCCAAGAUGAGUUGCCUGAACAAACAGAUCGGUCGACUGAAUCUACUCCAAGAAGGAGAAAGAAACAUUCUUAUCAGGACGGGAAAGGCUUCCCAUCAGGAGAGCUGGUCUGGGGGAAGGUGAAGGGCUUUCACUGGUGGCCUGGAAUAGUUGUCCCCUGGAAAACAAAGUCCUCCACCCACGGCAUGCGUAAGGUGGAGUGGUUCGGUGACGGGAUGUUCUCCGAGAUCUACACGGAGAGUCUCCAGUCGUUCCGUGCUUUCACCACGUGCUUCUGUAAGAACUCCUUUGCCAGCCUGCCGUUAUACAAACAAGCCAUCUACCAGAUUAUUGAGUUGGCAGCCGAGCGAUGCGGGAAGUCAUUUGCGGAGGCAGAAUUCGACAAAGUGUUGACGAUGAUGUUGGACUGGGCGUUUGAAGGAUUUCUCCCUACAGGACCUGAAGGGUUCAUGUCUCCUGAUGCAAACGCCACUUCCUCCGACUCCGCCCUGUCCGACUACCAGCCUCCUCCAAAGAGGAAAUAUGUUUUUAAAAACAAGGCCAAUGCAGCUGUUGCGCUCUAUAAACGAGAAUCAAUAAUAAAAUCACUCAAAAAGAACGGCAGCAGCAUCGAAGAUACAUGUUUGUCGUGUGGAUCAACCGAGGUCGAAGCCCAACACCCACUGUUUGUAGGCGGUCUCUGUCUCAAAUGCAAGGACAACUUCACGGAAACGCUGUUUCGCUAUGACGACGAUGGCUACCAGUCGUAUUGCACCGUGUGCUGUGGCGGGUCAGAGGUCAUUCUGUGUGGCAACGCCAGCUGCUGCAGGUGUUUCUGUAAAGACUGCGUAGAAAUCCUGGUGGCACCGGGAACCUUCGACAAACUCAAAGACAUCGACCCCUGGAGCUGCUACAUCUGUGUGCCUUCAGAAUGCAACGGAAGCCUCAAACUCAGACCAGACUGGAGUAUGAAGAUCCAGGACUUCUUUGUCAACAACAGCGCCAUGGAGUUUGAGCCUCACAGAAUUUAUCCCUCCUUUGAUGGCAUUGCGACAGGAUACCUGGUUCUCAAAGACCUGGGCUUCAAAAUCGAGCGCUACAUCGCUUCAGAGAUCUGUGAGGAUUCGAUCGCCGUGGGGAUGAUCAAGCACGAGGGAAAGAUCGAAUACGUCAACGACGUUCGCACCAUCACCAGGAAACACUUGGCUGAGUGGGGUCCAUUCGACCUCCUGAUUGGAGGAAGUCCGUGCAACGACCUGUCGAUGGUCAACCCUAUCCGAAAAGGACUGUUUGAGGGCACCGGUAGGCUAUUUUUUGAGUUCUACCGCAUCCUGACUCUGCUGAAGCCCAGGGAGGACGAGAACCGGCCGUUCUUCUGGUUGUUUGAAAACGUGGUCUUCAUGAGCGCCAAAGACAAAUCGGACAUCUGCAGAUUUCUUGAGUGUAACCCUAUUCUUAUUGACGCGGUCAAAGUCAGUCCCGCUCACAGAGCACGAUACUUCUGGGGAAAUCUCCCCGGCAUGAACAGGCCACUGGCUGCAUCAUUUGACGAAAAAGUAUCUCUUCAGGAUUGUUUGGAGAUCGGACGCACGGCAAUGUUUGACAAAGUCCGCACCAUCACCACCAAGUCAAACUCCAUACGACAGGGGAAAGGGGGACCGCUCCCCGUCACCAUGAACGGAAAGGAAGACUACCUGUGGUGUACUGAAAUGGAACAGAUCUUUGGAUUCCCCAAACACUACACGGAUGUGAACAACAUGUCCCGGGGUCAAAGGCAGAAAGUCUUGGGGCGCUCCUGGAGCGUCCCCGUUAUUCGUCACCUUUUCGCCCCACUGAAGGAUUACUAUGAAUGUUAAAAACAUCAAGAGGAAAGUCAAGUCGGCGCGUCAACGAUGAACCUCUGACCGCAGUCCGUACUGUCCACACGGUCGACUCUUGGGCUUUUAAAGAUGAUUUUACUUACUGUACUUUUUUUUUGUUUUUUAAUUUCAUAAAACACUGCAAAAAGACGUCGUCUCAGAGAGAGAAAACAACAAUUGAUCAGUUUGAUCAGUAAUGGUGCUUUGGAAAACAAUAAUGUUGCUGUGAACAACUGCCUGUAGUAACGUUGACAGCAGUGACUACAGUUCUCUACCUCAACACUGACACAUGUCAGUCAGUCAAAUACCUGUUGUUGUUCCAAUAUAAAUUAUUUCUAAUCACUAACUGUUUAUCACAGUGGUUCUCAAACGUCUUAAUCCCCCACCAUACCACUAGAGGGUGCCUUGCAACCAUUACAACCAGUGGUACACAUACCAUAGUUUUAGAACAACUCUCAUUUCUUUCUUUUUUUUUUUUUAACUAAGACAGUGACAGUGUAACGCGUCACAUUCAACAUGAAAUAUUUCACUGAUCAAAAAUAACCUGUGAACUAUUCAAGGAAAACGCAAAGUGUUUUUUUUUUUGUUGGUUUGUUUCACCUGCAGCUGGAUAUUUGAGAUCAGUGUUUGUCUUUAAACUUUAAGGACAUCAAAUGUUUUAAACAUGUCAGAGCUGUUGGGUUUACAGCAACAUUUACAACGAGUCUCUUACCUCUGCCCUGGCGGGCAAAACAUUUACAGCUGACUUUUCUGUUAGGUUUUUAUUUUGUAUGCAGUAUGUUGUCGUUAUAGUGUGUGUAUUUUUAUAACAUGAAUGAAUAUUAAUGUGAACCUGGAAUUAUUUUUUUUAAUUUUUUUAAAAAUUUGUUUAAAAAUGAAGAAACCUGUUUGGAGGGACUGUCUACAACCAGCAGUGUUUUUUGUUUUUUUAAUGAUUCAAUUGAAUUCUUAUCGGUAUUAGCUUAACAUCAGUUAUUUGUGUUAUGCUAAUUGUUCAGGAUUAGAGGAAUAUAUUGUUCCUCCCUGAUGUAUGUUGUAGUAGAAAUGUAAUUAACCCAAAUUACAUAUCAAUUAUUUUGCAACUCAUUUUGAAUUAAUGGUGCUACAAACUGCUGCAAAAAAAUAAAAAUAUUUGCUGCAGAUACUUUUCAGUUUAUUCUGAUUUAUACCUCUCUCUCUCUUUCUCUCUCUCUGCUGGCACACUGG